GUCGGUGGGAGGGAGUUGUCGUGCCUCACCCACGCCUUUCUUGGUCAUUUCCUCGGCUGGCCUUCCACUUCACCUGCAGUGCCUUUUUUAUUUUCCAUUUUCCAUUUUCCAUUUUCCACCUCCGGCUCUUUCCACCAUCUUUUAAAAUCAUCUUGGGACUCUCAUUUUCCCACGGACGAACUUCUUCCUCUUUAGCAACACCUAACUCUGAACUGCUGACAAGUAUCAGAUCCAAUUGCUGUUACUAGCUUACUACUACUUAGUAUUCAACUUCCACUUGACUACACUACACUAGCAGUUUUUUGCAUCCUUCCGCCACCCGACAAGGAAAGCCAACCAAGCCCAUCCUUGGGAUCGUCAAGCAUUCAAUUAGCGAUCCGUCCAUCCAUCCAUCCAUCCAUCCAUUUCUACCAUUCACCCAACAACACCAACCACCAUCAACACACACCCACACAAAGGAACGGGCACAACAACCUUUCUGCUUCCUUUCGCCUUCUCUUUCAACUAUUAUUACACCCACACACACAAAUACACACACAAAACACACACAACACAUAUCAACCAAAAUGUCGUCGCCCGCCCCUUCUAGCACCGGUGGCGCCAAGGAGAAGAAGCCCCUUGAGCAGAUCACGUUCCGCUUCUGCUCCGAAUGCAGCAACAUGCUGUACCCCCGCGAGGCCGAGGACGAGAACAAGCUGCUCUUCACCUGCCGCACCUGCAACUUUUCCGAGCCCGCCACGUCGACGUGCAUCUACCGCAACAUCCUCAACAACGCUGCCGGCGAGACGGCUGGUGUCACGCAGGAUGUCGCCUCUGAUCCCACGCUCCCAAGAGCCAUCAAGGAAUGCCCUGCCUGCCACCACCCGGAAGCUGUCUUCUUCCAGUCACAGCAGCGUACUUCGGAAACCGGAAUGAAACUUUUCUACGUCUGCUGCGAUUGUGGUAAUAUUUACCAGUAGUGGGGGAUUCACUCUUCACUCGGAAGGAAUAGGGCCAGAUCGAUCCUUGUUAUAGGCGGACAGGCGGGCGGUCGGAAAAAAUCACAGGUUGAUUAAUAAAGAUCAGGGGGUCAUGAUGAGUUGCAUUACAGUGGCGUUUGUACACGGUUAACUCAAAAGGACCGCGGUUUAGGGCGUUUGGUUUUCUUUUUCAUGCUUUGGCAGGACACUGGUUUAGAAAUGGUCUUUCCAUGAAUCUCGUGGAUAACGUUAUAAACUGUUUCGUGUGAUAUGCAAUGGUGAUGUUGUUUUGCUUGACAUGACAUGUAAUGUACAGUAGUAUACACAGAUUAGGACGGCACGCUUGAUGUCCCGAACUGAAG